AUGACCAUUUUCACAUUAAUUAUUAAUCCAUUAAUAUAUAUUAUCCCUAUUUUAUUAGCAAUAGCCUUUCUCACUCUAGUUGAACGAAAAAUCCUAGGUUACAUGCAACUUCGCAAAGGACCAAACAUUGUAGGCCCUUAUGGCCUGUUACAACCUAUUGCUGAUGGAGUAAAACUAUUUAUUAAAGAGCCAGUAAAACCAUCUACCUCUUCACCAACAUUAUUCCUACUUACCCCCAUUCUAGCUCUCACCCUUGCUCUUAUAUUAUGAAUUCCUCUUCCUAUACCAUUCGCACUAACUGAUCUUAAUUUAACAAUUUUAUUUAUCCUAGCAGUAUCCAGCCUAUCCGUUUACUCCAUCCUUGGGUCCGGAUGAGCUUCAAAUUCUAAAUAUGCUUUAAUUGGAGCCUUGCGAGCUGUUGCCCAAACUAUCUCAUAUGAAGUAACCUUAGGUCUUAUUGUCCUGUCCUUAAUCCUAUUUACAGGGGCUUUCACUCUUAACAUAUUCAACUCAGCGCAGGAAACUAUUUGACUAAUCCUGCCAGCAUGACCAAUAGCCGCUAUAUGAUUUAUUUCAACUCUUGCUGAAACAAACCGUGCCCCUUUUGAUUUAACAGAGGGAGAAUCGGAAUUAGUAUCUGGCUUUAAUGUUGAAUACGCAGGGGGACCUUUUGCACUAUUCUUCCUAGCAGAAUAUACAAACAUCUUACUAAUAAAUGCCUUAUCUGCUAUCCUAUUUUUGGGCCCAUCAUUUAACACAGUUAACAUCAACCUGAACUGAGCCAUUAAAACAACAAUUCUUGCCAUUAUAUUCCUAUGAGUUCGCGCCUCAUACCCGCGCUUCCGAUAUGAUCAACUUAUGCACUUGGUAUGAAAAAAUUUUUUACCUCUUACUCUCGCCAUAAUUGCCUGACAUAUUUCUCUGCCAAUCUCUAUAGCAGGCUCCCCACCACAACUUUAG